AGCUUGCAAUAAGAGAAGAGACUCAGAAAACCCUAACCCUAACCCUAACCCUAACACCACCAAUCCAGCUGCCGAAGCCCUAGCCAUGCCUUUUAAGCGAUACGUGGAGAUUGGAAGGGUGGCGCUGGUGAACUAUGGCAAGGAUUAUGGCAAGCUUGUUGUCAUUGUCGAUGUUGUCGAUCAGAAUCGCGCUUUGGUUGAUGCCCCGGAUAUGGUGCGAGGCCAGAUGAAUUUUAAGAGGCUUUCUCUGACUGACAUCAAGAUUGACAUUCCAAGGAUACCGAAGAAGAAAUCCUUGAUCGCCGCAAUGCAGACUGCAGAUGUGAAAAACAAAUGGGAAAAUAGUUCGUGGGGAAGAAAGCUGAUUGUGCAGAAGAAAAGAGCUUCUUUAAAUGACUUCGAUCGAUUUAAGGUUAUGUUGGCGAAGAUCAAGAGGGGUGGUGCUAUUCGACAAGAACUAGCGAAGCUGAAGAAGCAAAGUGCAACAUGAGAUCCCUUAGUUUUGCCAAAAUGUAGUGAAUUUGAGUUGCAAUUGUGUCAUUGAUUUUCCUCUUCUUUCUUUAAUUUAACUUUGUUCUAAUUUUAUCGAUGAAUUUUGAUCGAUCUUUGAGAGGAUUUCACCUUGUGUUUUGUUUAGAGUUAAAUUUUUAAUUACAA